AGUCCGCCACCCACUGCGGUGCUGCGUUCUAUAGCUUUCUAUCUCUACGGUGAAUUUUUGCUGGCGGCUGAGCGACAAGUCUUUCCGGGAGAGCGGACAUAGAGCUAUUAAAAUGCAGAGGUGGAGGUGACAAGUCUGCGCAACCGAUGAGGGCCGCUGCCGUCGCUCUCCACCUCCAGCGGCGGGUUCUCUGCUCCCCGGUCGAUUUCCAUUUAAACAGCCAUCUGUUUUGCAAGAGAGGCUGCUGGCUGCUAUUGCUGCCGGCUGGUCCUGCGGCAGAAGAAUUUAUUCUUUGCAGAUUAGCUCAUCAGCCCUCGCCCUUCAACUGGAAAGCCUGCAGAAAAGUGGAGCUCAGAACGCAAUUGAUUUAUCAAAGCAUCUCCCUUUCUGAGCUUUUUUUCAACAAUCAUAAAAUUGCUCCUAUGCCAAGCAAUGAAGUGAUAAGGAGGAAAGAAUACUGGCAAUCGAUUUAGCUUUGCACCUUGGAGAUUUCCACUAGAGAGCUAUCUAUUUGAUUUGAUUUUUUUUAUGACCUUCUUCUUCCGUUUAAUGCAGAUCAGACAGGACAGGAACAAUUGGUAGCAUUUCUUGCUAAAUUACAAAAAUGUUCAGCUGGCUGGGUAAUGAAGACGGGCGAAUGAAGGACCCGGAGGUGUAUCAGACUGUGAGUGGAGGUCUUAAAAAACUGUACAAAACCAAGCUUCUCCCUCUAGAAGAAUACUACAAAUUCCACGCCUUUCAUUCACCUGCCUUGGAAGAUGCAGACUUUGACAACAAGCCGAUGGUCCUUCUUGUUGGGCAGUAUUCCACCGGGAAGACCACCUUCAUAAGGUACCUUCUUGAACAAGAUUUCCCUGGGAUGAGGAUUGGGCCAGAACCUACAACUGACUCCUUCAUUGCUGUGAUGCAGGGCGAUACAGAGGGCAUCAUUCCUGGAAAUGCAUUGGUAGUGGAUCCCAGAAAACCCUUCAGGAAACUUAAUGCCUUUGGCAAUGCCUUCUUGAACAGAUUUAUGUGUGCUCAGCUGCCAAAUCCUGUUUUGGAGAGUAUCAGUAUUAUUGAUACACCAGGGAUCCUUUCAGGGGAGAAACAAAGAAUAAGCCGAGGUUAUGACUUUGCUGCUGUCCUUGAGUGGUUUGCCGAGCGGGUGGACCGCAUCAUUCUCCUCUUUGACGCCCACAAGCUAGACAUCUCGGACGAGUUCUCGGAAGUCAUCAAAGCCCUGAAGAACCAUGAAGAUAAAAUGAGGGUUGUGCUCAACAAAGCAGACCAGAUCGAGACCCAGCAGCUUAUGAGGGUUUAUGGCGCUCUCAUGUGGUCUCUGGGGAAGAUUGUCAACACGCCUGAGGUAGUCAGAGUCUAUAUCGGUUCCUUCUGGUCACACCAGUUGCUCAUCCCAGAUAACCGCAAGCUUUUUGAGGCAGAGGAGCAAGACCUUUUCAAAGAUAUCCAAAGUUUGCCCCGCAAUGCUGCUCUUCGGAAACUGAAUGAUCUCAUUAAACGGGCACGGCUGGCCAAGGUUCAUGCGUACAUCAUUAGCUCACUUAAGAAGGAAAUGCCAUCAGUGUUUGGCAAAGACAAUAAGAAGAAAGAACUCGUGAACAAUUUGAGGGAGAUCUAUGGACAGAUCGUACAGGAGCAUCAGAUUUCACCAGGAGACUUUCCUAAUCUGAAGAAGAUGCAGGAACAGCUGCAAGCUCAGGAUUUCAGCAAGUUCCAGCCCCUAAAGACCAAGUUGCUGGAUGCAGUAGAGGAUAUGCUGACCAAUGACAUCGCACAGCUCAUGGUCCUGGUGCGUCAGGAGGAGUCCCGGAGGCCUACUCAGAUGGUGAAAGGGGGAGCCUUUGAAGGCACCCUCCACGGCCCAUUUGGACAUGGCUAUGGGGAAGGGGCAGGAGAAGGAAUUGAUGAUGCGGAUUGGGUGGUGGCCAGAGAUAAGCCCCUGUACGACGAGAUCUUCUACACGCUGUCACCCGUUGAUGGGAAAAUAACGGGGGCCAAUGCCAAAAGGGAGAUGGUGAAGUCCAAGCUGCCUAACUCAGUGCUGGGCAAGAUAUGGAAACUCUCUGAUAUCGAUGAGGAUGGGAUGCUGGACGAUGAGGAAUUUGCUUUGGCGAAUCAUCUUAUAAAAGUGAAGCUGGAAGGCCAUGAGCUUCCUGGGAACCUCCCAUCCCAUCUCAUCCCCCCAUCUAAGAGGAAACUAGCUGGGUGAGAAGCCACCAGAAAGAAAAUGGGGAACAGGGAAGGGAAGGGAAGGGAAGGGAAUGUACCAAAGUUGUGCCUGCAGUGAUGCUAGGUCACCUUUUGGCUUAGAACUGUUUUCAGAUGUGAAGAGGAAACUGUUGUGAAGCAAAGCCCCAGUACUUUCUCAUGAUGAGAUGCAACUAGCUCUGUCCUGGUAUCUUCCAGGCUUCCAUGUAUUUGUUGAUAAGAACUGAUACAGAUUGAAGGUGCAAAGUUGGCUGGGAUCUGGGAAGCUUUGUGAUAGUUUCUGUCACUGUUCAGUCAAGCAAUGUCUGAAAUUCCUGUUGCAUAUAUCCCUGAUGCUUUAGAAAAACAUUCUAAUCCCAGAUAGACCCCAAAACUCUGGAUGGGAGUUGUGCUUAAAACUUACCUAGAUCUUAAGUAUUUUUGUGAAAUAGUCUUUACUUUCUGUUCAGCCUUCCUGUCUGUUGUGCCUUUUUAAAAAAAAUUAUUGAGUACAGGAAGCCUACAAUUUACAAGGGGGUUUCUUUCUGGAAAGCCAAAAGCAUGUAUAGUCAAGAGACAGUGGGUUCAAUGGCAAGUGGAAUUGCCAAAGUCUCCCCUCCAGACACCUGCCCCCUUUCUAUGCCAUUUUUAAUUUUUUGUUUCGUUUUGCCAACCACUUAAAGCUGAAUGUGCACAGGUUAAAUGCAUGUAUGUUGCAGGCUUACUGUACACAUUUGUCUGCAGAAUAUCUCUGGAGAACCAGCCCACAGGAAAAUCACCCCCCCCCCAGGCACCUGCAUUUUCUUAUAGGUUCUUGGUGAGAAACCUGCAUUGAAAAUGCCACAUCUUUCCAUUGCUUUGGAAAUGCUGGGUUCGAACCAAGAGCCUUAAAUCCUUUUCUAGUUAAUGGGGUGCCAGUUUGUAAGUCUGUGCCACUGUACUUCUGUGACUUUAGUCUGAGAACAGUGGUGCAGCUGGGAGAAUGGGGUAGAAAGAGUGAGAGCUUAGGAGUUCAAGAGACUCCCUUGCAAGGAAAUGAUGGCAAGAUCAGAGGCAGGAGAUCAAGGUUUUUGACAAGGAGAGCAACUCUUCCUGGCAUUUCCUAUCCUUAAAACAGGACAGUGCAUUUCACAUCACAUUUGAAUUAUGGUCAAGCAUGGUUUUGGGCUAACAUUUAGUGUGUUUACAUUCCAUCACAGAUAUUGAUGUUGCAACAGAAAUGACAAAUCUCUACUCUUUCAUUGUCUGUUCAGCCCAUGUAAGACAUCUGUCCCCAGAACACCCAUUUGCACAUUGGUCAGAGGACAGUGAUCUUGCUGUUGCUUGUGGGCUUCCCAUAGGUAUUUGGUUGGCCACUGUACUGAAUGCUGUAUUGCAUAGAGCUUUCAUCUGACCCAGCAGGCCUCUUCUGUUCUGUCCUCUUCCCACCUGCAACCUUCAUCUUUGACUUAACCCUAGGAUAAGUAUUCUGAACCUUGUCUAGACAGAAUAGCCAAGGUAUUUUCUGCUGCUCUUUCUCAGCCUUAUUUCAAAUCAUUCCUUUUUCUCCACCCCAUUAUUUAGCUGGUGUCUGGGUAGAGAUUCGAGUCUAUGUGGGUUUUGUUGAUGCUGAGAAGGUGGAUGAAGACAGAACAACAUAAUUUAUUUUAUACCUGCCCUAACAUUCUGUAGACAAACAUGAUUCUCUUCAAAGCCCCUGCUUUGUGUGCCUCCCCAAUUGAGAUGAGGUGGUGGCUACUAAGCAGAGGACCUUCUUGCUGGUGUCUUCUCUAUGGUCUUUCCAUUGUCAAGUGAAACUUAUUCACCCGGGACUUUAAACAACUAGCUUUUAAAGGAACUAAAACCUGGGCCUUGAUUUUGCGGCCUGUGUUUUUAUUUUAUCCAGCUGUUUGUUGAAUGGUUGCAUUUCUCUCUGACAAAAAUGAAAGUUAUUUGCUGCGUUUUAUUGUUUUCAUUGAUUGCAUUGUAUGUCAAUAUUGUAUUUUAGGCUUUGUCCUGUAAGCCACCCAGGGGAGAUGUGUUGAUAGUUGGCUAUAUAACUAUAAUAAAAUUAACAAUAAAUAUUCAGUGUGUAAAAACAACCUUAUUGCAAUGCAUUUAUCACGACUUACGUUUAUGCAUUCAUCCUGUUCACAGUCUUAUUCUCCACUAUGGUGAGAUGUACUCUGUAUUUAAAUUGAUAAAUAAAUUUGUAUCUGUGCCC